AACAAUGUGACGUUGACGGACGUGUUCGUGAAUAUAGUAGUUUAUUGUUUUAAAUAUUUUAUCUAUUUUUUACUUUAAACAAGACACAGAACUCAAUCAUAAUGAACAUAUGCCGAACCUGCCUCAAAACUCCUGCUAUCAGGAAUAUAUCCGAGCUGGAAAAGGGCAUAUGUGAGGACAACAAAAGUUACCUCGAAAUCAUGGUGUUUUGUUUAGAUAUCAAGGUUACACAAGACUCAAAUACUACAACGAAGCUAUGUAAUAACUGCUAUAGAAAAAUCAUAUCAUUCUAUAAGUUUAAGACACUAUCUUUGAAAAAUGAUAUCUAUUUAAGGUCUCUUAGCCCAGAAGUAACGCUAGCGGACCAUAAAGUAUCUAUAUACGUGGAUGAAAACUAUAUCAAACAUGAGAAUUCAAUGGAUUCUGAUGAAUAUGGCUCGGUCAUUGAAAACUGUGCGAUGGAAAUUAAGCAGGAAUUGGAUGUUAAGGAUGAAGAUACGUUGGGAGAUGUAGAGUCGGAUGAAGAGCUGCUUAGUGUUAUACAGAGAGUUAAAUAUGAAAAUAUUAAGGAUGAGACCAAAGAAAAUGCACCAAUACAUAAAAAACGUGGCCGUCCAAGGAAAAUAAAGCCAUUAAAACUAGAAAAUGUGAAACAAGAACGGCAAGUGUGUGAGGAGUGUGGCAAGUCCGUCCGUAACCUGAAGGAGCACUCGCUCCAGCACGUGCCUGCGAGCGAGCGAAAGAAGCUACAGUGUAAAGUCUGUCCGAAGCUCUUUUCCACAUACGGUGCGCGGACCAGGCAUUACAAGAUAAAGCAUUUAGGCAUUAAGUCUGAAUGCAAUAUUUGUCAUAAAAAGGUAGUGUGUCUGUCGACGCACCGGCUGCGCGUGCACAACCGCGAGGCGCUCCCGUUCGGCUGCGUGCAGUGCGCGCGCCGCUUCGUGUCGCAGGGCGUGCUCGACGUGCACAUGACCACGCACACCAAGGACCGCGCCUUCCAGUGCGACGUGUGCGAGAAGAAGUUCAGGUCGCAGCUGCAUGUUAACAUACAUAAACGACAGGUCCAUGAUAAAGAAAAAACACAUCUAUGUCAAUUCUGCUCAAAGACUUUCUUCAAGAAGUACCAUUUGCAAGUACAUUUAAGGUCGCACACCAAAGAGCGCCCGUACGAGUGCAGCGAGUGCGGCAAGUUCUUCUCGUCCAGCAGCACGCUGAAGGAGCACCGCCUCAUACACGGAGACGUCAAGAACUACCACUGCGACCUCUGCGACAUGAGCUUUAUGAAACCCGGCUACCUGAAAGUCCACAUGAUCAGUCACACGAAGGAGAAGCGAUACCCGUGCGGGUUCUGCGGCGUGCGCUUCGGACGCUCCGACCACCGCCGCCGGCACGAGUUCACCGCACACCAGAAACACCUCAGGGCCGACUGACGACUCUAUGUCCGGGGAGUAAGGUUCAAAAUCGAGAGGAUGGUGUAGGAGAGGUGCAGAGAUAAAUUUGUGUUGUCCUCGGUG